AUGGCUUCCCGAAGGUAUUUGACUACCAAAGAUUUGAUCGAUAUUGUAGAGGAUGAAAAUUUUUAUGAAGCAGAUAUUUUCAUCACUCCCCCCAAUGAUGGCGCUGAUUCAGAAGAAGACUCUGAAGAUGAAGAGACGCCAGCAGCUAAUAUAAACCAUCUUAGUGGGCGUCAAUUAGAAGCAGAAGCUGUUGGAAGAAUUCGAAAUAUUCAAGGCGGUACAGUGCAUUUGGGCGAUGACGAAAUGAAUGCAGCUGUUGAAGACAAUGAAUGGGAUGCCGAAGAUGAUAUACCCCUUUCACAAUUAGUGAAGGAAAAUCAAAAAUUUCCUAAUGAUCUAGAACGGAAAUGUUCUAGCGAUAGUGAUAAUCCUGAGCCACUAAAGAAGAAACAAAAGAAUCCUGAUACUUAUAAGCGAAAUGUUAUAAAGCAUGCGAAAGUUAAAGGACUCCAACAUGCCAACUGGAGAGGAAAUAUAAUAUUACCACGUAGAACAGGUCCGGAUUGCAAGUAA